AUAUUUCUCUUAAUGCUGGUGGUUUAAUGGGUGUGGAGAUUUUAACUCCGGCCACUGGUUUAAAACUUUUAAAAAAUGUCAUGAAACUAACGGAUACUCUUUUGGAAGUCACCCCCUACAUCAACAUUACUAUCGCUGGUAUUCCCCCAAAUUGUGUGCAAAUGGUGUGUAAAUUUGUUUGCUUUAAUGGUAAAUCAACCGAUAUCGAUAAAGAUAUUCUUUUCACUUCUGAGAAAAAUAAUUAUUUCUGUUCCAACAUCGAUGAACUGCGUCUUUAUAAUUAUGAAUUUCCCGACAAUAUUCUCUCCUAUGGUUUUCUGGGCAAUUACAGUGACAAAGUUCAGACGCUUUAUAUAGCUUCAGCAAAUAUAACUGAUAUUGAAGCUGGAGCCUUUGCGAAAGGAAGAUUCAAAGAGAUUUUCUUUGAAAACCUACACAUUAAAGAAUUGAAAAAGGAUUUCUUUGAGGGUAUAUCGUCUGACUUUAGCGCUUUAUCUAUUAUACAAAAAGAAACACCUUUGGAAAUAGUCUAUUCGGAUUUUCUCUGUUAUGUAAAGUAUCAAAUAAAAUAUUUGACAUUACAAGCGGGUUUGAAGAGUGUGCGCAAUGUGACGGGUGGUGAUUAUAUAUUGAAUAAUUUGUUGUAUGCGGACUUAAGUUUUAACAAUUUCGGCGAUAACAUGGGCUAUUCAGAAUUUAGUAAAGUCUCCAUGUUGGAACAUUUGGAUUUGUCACACUCCAAUUUAGAAUAUUUACCUUCUUAUAUAUUUUCGGAUUUCACUACGACUUUGGAAUAUUUGGAUUUGUCAUAUAAUAAAUUGAAAACUAUUAGUCGUAGCAUAUUUGGCUGGAGAGAAUUACCGAGAGAUUUAAAGAUAUAUGCCAACGAUAAUGAAUGGGCUUGUUCGUGUGAUUUACAAAUGGAAUUUAAAGCUAUUUUUAUUUACUAUAGAACCACCUUAUUGUGCUCGGAACCGGAGUGGUAUAGAGAUUGGUCGGUAUUCGAUGAUGAAAUAUGUGGUGUAAGUUCUUUAGAGCACUUUGCACCAACUGAACCCAUUGUGAAAACGUCUACAUCUGGCUAUUUAAACGAUGCUAAUAUGAUGCCCACCAUAGAGGUUAAUGAAGGGCCUUUCUAUAAGCAAACAACAGAAGAGGUAUCCACCACUUCCGCUCAUUAUAUAGAGAAGCCUAGUUUUGUAACUAAAGGCGAUUUAGUGAAGUUGGAUUGUCUGGUCGGUACCACCAAUAUUAGCCAAAGGAUUGUGAAACCCAUGCGUUGGCCCUUGAUUUUAUUUGAUGUCACACCUCAGGAUAAUUUACGAGUAGAUGUUGAAGUUGUCUCCCCCUCCAUUCUUGAUGAUUCUUAUGGUCUAAUAUGGUUUAGCAAGGUCACCACCCAGUAUUAUAAAAUGGAAAUAAAUUAUAAUGAAUACGGUUUGGGUUGCUUCAAUUCCAUAUCGUUUGUCACCACAGUCGAUGAUCUGGUACCCAAUACUGCUUAUACCUUUUGUGUAGUGAAAAAGAAUCAAGUGACCACCUCUCCCUUCAGUUGCAAGUCCAUACAUGUAGGUGGUAAUGUGGCGGUACAAUAUAGUGCUUGGUUAACGCGAGACAUGAGAGUAACCGGUUUGUCAUUGGUUAUUUUUGGCAUCAUAAUGUUUUCAUUUGCCGGAAUUUUAAUGAUCUAUUUGCUGUUGAAACGCAAACCCAUUUUACUUAAAGGCAGCAAGAGAGUUACCACUCUUCAUGCAAAUAGUGAUGAGAUAGUAGUAUUGCCUAAAGAGAACUCUGUUCAAACGAUUAAGGAGAAAGAGGAAAAGUUGGCCAGACGUGGACCCUUUUCCUGCUCCCAAAUACGACGCAAAUCCAACGAGAGUGUAGCCAGUUAUCAAAGUUAUAUCAAUACCAAUUUAUAUGAAGUUAUACCGGCAUAUAGUAAAUUAAAUAAUAAUAACAACAACCCCUCGCUAUAUAUCACUAAUGCAACAGAGGAAACAACUCUCCCAGAUGUAGUAGAUAACCAAGACACAGAAAGUUGUUAUCUGACUCCCCUACAAACAGUUUCUAGUACAUCUAAUCUGGUUAAAUAUGCCGAAAUUCCUUAUCGUGCUAAACGCAUGUCUAACGAUGAGCUGCCCGAAGUGCCAGCCGAUCAACCACCACUCUCUUUGGCUCUUAGUGUAUCGGUAGAUAAACCAGAAUAUGCCCAAGUGGGUACAAUUUAUACAUUGGAUAGUCAAGUUUAG